GCCCUGCUCGUCGGCUGCAACUACCCCGGGAGCUCCGCGGAGCUCCGCGGCUGCGUCAACGACGUGCUGCGCAUGCGCGCGCUCCUCCUGGGCCAGGGCUUCCCCGAGCAGCAGAUCGUGAUCCUCCGCGACGACCGCGGCGGCCAGCAGCGGCCGACGCGGCGCGCGAUCACCGAGGGCCUGCGCUGGCUCGCGGCCGGCGCGGGCCGCGGCGACAGCCUCUUCUUCCACUUCAGCGGCCACGGGUCCCAGGAGCGGGACCGCACGGGCGACGAGGCCGACGGCUACGACGAGACCAUCGUGCCCUGCGACUACAAGUCCGCGGGCCAGAUCACGGACGACGAGCUCCACGCGAUCCUCGUGCGGCCCUUACCGGACGGCGCGCGGCUCACGUCGAUCAUGGACUGCUGCCACAGCGGCACGGGCCUCGACCUGCCCUACUGCUUCACGCCGGGCCGGGGCUGGCAGACCGACGACGUGCCGUGCUUCUCCCGCGGCGACGUGCAGCUGUUCUCGGGCUGCGAGGACGACCAGUGCUCCGCGGACACGUACGCGAACGCGGCGGCCGGCGGCGCGAUGACGAACGCCUUCCUCAAGGCGCUCGCGGAGAACCCCAUGCCGCUCUACCCGGACUUCCUCACCGCGCUCCACCGGGAGCUGCGGCGCAAGGGCUUCAAGCAGAAGCCGCAGCUGAGCUCGUCGCAGCGCUUCGACCUGAACCAGCGCGUCUUCUCGCUCACGGAGGGCUUCAUCCCGAACUCGAACCAGACCAUCGGCCGCCGGCCGGGCAUGCGCCGGAAGAAGAGCCGCCGCCGCGGCCGCGGCGCGGGCGUCGGCAUGGAGACCAUGCUCGCCGCCGGGAUCGGCGCGGCCGUGCUGUCGUCCUUGUUUUAA